AUGUCAGACUACAAGGCCGCCAAGGAGGCCUUUGUGGCCGACAAUCCAGGAAGCUCGGUCCACUAUAUCAACGCAAUCAGCCUGAGUGCUUUGACAGCAUAUGCCGUCUACGCCGCCGUGUCGCGGCGCGUGCAGUCACCACUGGUCGACUACAUGACCAUGGUGUUUCCCCUCCUCCUGGGAGUAACUGUAUUUGCCGAGGCACCCAUGAUUCUUAGCGCUGUCCUCGUGGCGAUUGCGGGGGUCGUCGGCUUGGAACGUGCUCAGCCAGUCGCCAAGUCAACCGGCCAGUGGUUGAAUGAGAGCGACAGUGAGGACGACGCUCCUAUUCUGUCACGUGCUCCACGCCCAGGGUUGACCGUUAAACUGCCCUCCGAGGUCGUCGCAGAGGUGCGCGAGAAAGAGCGUGUCGAGCUCGAACGCACACGCAGUGAGCAGAGCCUGUCUUCUGCGUUGUCUUCCCCCACGAGCUUGGGGCCAGGACAAUCCAGCCGCCGUCGGCUGUCUCCCGCGCCUACAAGCGCACACACCAUCGAUAUUGGCGCCUCGCCACCCACAUCUCCACCUGCCAACAAGCGGCCCUUCAAUGCCAAGGAAACGGACAGCAGGUCAUCGGCAUCGCCUCGUCGCCGCAACCGACCCCUUAUCGUCGACACAUCACCACGCAACCACCUUCCCUUCCUCACCGUCUACCGCGCGCACAUGAUGGUUAUGACUGUGCACUGCAUCCUGGCCGUCGACUUUUCCAUCUUCCCUCGCGUGCUCGGCAAGUGCGAGAACUUUGGUACGGGUCUGAUGGAUGUGGGUGUCGGCAGCUUUGUGUUCUCCCUUGGCAUCGUUAGCUCCAAGGCGUUUGCACCAGCUGCAGCAUCACUAGCAGCGAACAGCCCGCUCAGAACUGCUCUUAGUGGACUCCGCAAGGCUCUACCCAUUCUUGCUCUCGGGUUUGUCCGUCUGCUCAUGGUUAAAGGUGUCGAGUACCCGGAGCACGUCACCGAGUAUGGCGUUCACUGGAACUUCUUCUUCACCCUUGGUCUCGUCCCCGCACUUGCGAGCAUGCUUCUGCCGUUGCGCAAGGCGGUUAGGUGGCAUACUCUUGCCUUGGGUAUUGCCUUUGUCUUCCAGUUGAUUCUCUCAUACACAUCUCUGCAAGACUUCCUGCUCUCCCCACUCCGCCCUGGCCUUUUGGGUGAGAACAAGGAAGGUCUGGCGUCGUUGCCAGGCUACCUUGCCAUUUUCCUCCUUGGCCUCAGCGCGGGCGAGCAUGUGCUCCGUGCCACCAAAGUGGCGCCCCCUCGCUCCCCAGAAGAGGGCCAGGGCCCGAGUCUCAGCGCCUCGGCCCAGGCCCGUGCCAACCAAAAGGACAAGCGCCGCACUGAACUCGCUCUCGAGCUGGCCGCUUACGCAGCUGCGUGCUGGGCCGCUCUUGGCCUGGCAAACCUCCUGGGCAUCGAAGUGUCCCGUCGGUUCGCCAACUUUUCCUAUGUCCUCUGGGUUGUGGCGUACAACACGUCUUACCUUGCGGGCUACCUAGCAGUCGAGCUGUGGUUCUUUGACGUGCGCGAACCCGCGUCCCCUCCCUGCCCACCACUCUUGGAUGCGAUCAAUGCCAACGGCCUGGCAGUGUUCCUCGCGUCAAACCUCCUCACGGGUCUCGUCAACGUCACUGUCCAGACCAUGUAUGCGAGCACAGCUACUGCCAUGCCGGACGACUGGUCGUUCCUUCAGGACGAGCUCAACGUCGUUUUCCUCUCGGACAGCGAGAGCGAGAGCGAGGGUCUGGGGUCGUCUGACUGCUCUCACUCCGGUGGUGGCCGCGGCCCCACCGACCCCCAGCUUGCUCUCGUCGCCCUCAAGCAAGAUUUCGAGAUCGUUUACGACAAUAUCCUCGAUGAAGCUACCACCAACGGCGUCUGGCGCGACGUCAUGGAAGGUCUGAUCCUGUUUGACAACGAGGACCAUGCCCGUCAAGUUCUGUUCACUGGCGUUUUCGAGUAG